AUGGCCUCCCCUGGACCCGGCUUCAAGGCUAAAAAGCAGAAGAUUAUACGCGAUCUGUCCGUCCCAGAUGAAGAAUAUACAGAUCUCUCACCCAAGGGAUCUAUAGAUGCGGGAAUCCGCGAUUUGAUUCACAAUAUCAACCAAAUGCCUGGCCUGGUUACGACAAGCAGCUGCGCCGGUAGAAUCAGCGUAUUCCUAGAAGUGGGUGGAAGUGGAAGAGAAAGGAAAGGACUAGGAGAUAAAGAAGGCUCUUCUGUCAAAGAAGAUGAUCGGAAGAUCGUAGAAGCAGAGGGGGAUAUCGGAGAAAGUUCAGAAAGACCACCGCAGUUUGCACCCACGGGAGGUAAAGGGAGUGGUAACUGGUUAUUCGUAUCCCAUGAGCCGGUGGAGAUAGACCUGGACUGUGAAGGCAAUUACCUUCACAGGAUGUUUAAUCUGGUUCCCAUGGACGAGAAAAUUGGAACAAUAAACCAUUCCGGUAGCUUGAGGCUUGUCCGUUUUCAUUUUGAACCAAUGAUUCUCCACAUUAUGGCAUCAUCUCUACAACAUGCCCAGCCGGUCCUCGCAGCUGCCACAAUGGCCGGUUUCCGAGAAAGUGGCAUACAAAGCCUGCGGUGUUUAAAUGAUUCGGAAGCGUACCCCAUUGUGGCAGUCCGUUCAUCCGGACUUGCCCUUGAGUCCAUCAUCGGGUUCCAUCAACAAUGCAUCAAAAGUAAAAGCAAGGAUGUCAUUGCUAAGAGCCUAGUUUCUGAAGUUUAUCUCCGCAUGUUGCUUGCAGUUGCAAAUGAGAGGUUUAAGACGAACGCAAACCGGCGAGAUAGAUUCUGGACGAAAUUACAGGAACUUAGUACAGGGCAUGCCGGUGAUCUUUCUUCAAGAAGGGCUGGUUGGGAAGAUCCUGAAGUGCGAAGGGAAAGGAAAAGGGAGGAGGGAUUAAGGCGGAGUAGAGCCGCGAUGGGGCCAAAGGUUGCUCGAAGGAAACUUGAUCUAUUUGGUGAUAUUAUGAGUGAGGAGGAUAUUAUGAGGACAUGUUUCGCCCGCAAGACGAUAAGCCGCACAUGGGAAUACGACAGUGUCACGUAG